GUUUAGAGUGGAUUUUGGGUUCUAUCAUUUAUUCCUUUUUGAAUUUAGAACUCAAAAUAGAUAUUUAAAUGAGAUUCGAGUUUGGUAGGGAUAAGGUAAAACUUAUCUCCGCCCCGUCUCAUUACUAUGCCUAGUAUCGAAUAAAAUAAACCAUGAGAAGGCAUUAUGAUCAUUGUCCCUUGAUGAACAAUUUGCUUAAUUUAUAGACCAUCACACUUCGAAUACACUCCCAAAAGAGAUAUGGCUUCAACUUCAAUUUCAGCCACCACAUUAUAUUUACACUUCCUAUUAUUCAUUUUAACAUUUUGUUCAUUCAAUCAUCAACCAAGCUUUGCUUUCAGUUCACAAGAGUACCAUGAGGCUCUUGAAAAAUCAAUUAUGUUCUUCGAAGGACAACGUUCUGGAAGAUUGCCAUCCAACCAGAAACUAACAUGGAGAGGAGAUUCUGGAUUAUCAGAUGGUUCUUCUUAUCAUGUGGACUUAGUUGGUGGUUACUAUGAUGCUGGUGACAAUAUAAAGUUUGGGCUUCCAAUGGCAUUUACAACAACAUUAUUAGCAUGGAGUGUCAUUGAAUUUGGAAACUCAAUGCAUAAUCAGAUUGACAAUGCUAGAGAAGCUAUCCGGUGGAGCGCGGAUUAUCUUCUCAAGGCUGCCACUACAACACCAAACACAUUAUAUGUCCAAGUUGGGGAGCCUAGCAUGGAACAUGGGUGUUGGGAAAGGCCCGAGGAUAUGGACACUCCGCGGAAUGUGUAUAAGGUAUCACCUCAAAACCCUGGGUCUGAUGUCGCGGCAGAGACAGCAGCUGCACUGGCAGCGUCUUCAUUAGUAUUCAAAGAUUCAGAUCCAGCCUAUUCCUCCAAAUUGCUUAUAGCAGCCAUCAAUGUAUUCCAUUUUGCAGACCGUUAUAGAGGCUCUUACAAUGACUCUCUUAACUCUGUAGUUUGUCCAUUUUACUGUUCUUACUCUGGAUACAAUGAUGAGUUACUUUGGGGUGCCUCAUGGAUUUAUAAAGCUUCUGGAAUAAGUUCCUACAUGGAAUUCAUACGAUCAAACGGUCACAUAUUAGGUGCUGAUGACGAUGGUUACACUUUCAGUUGGGAUGACAAACGACCUGGAACUAAAAUCUUACUUUCAAAUGAAUUCUUGGAGAAAAAUUCUAUAGAGUACCAGUUAUAUAAGGCACGUGCAGACAAUUUCAUUUGUUCUUUAGUACCAGGAACUCCUGGUUUUCAGGCUCAAUACACCCCAGGAGGUGUUUUGUAUAAAGGGAGGGCGAGCAAUUUACAGUAUGUGACAUCUACAACCUUUCUUAUCUUAAUAUAUGCAAAGUAUCUCAGCUCAAACGGAGGUGUUAUCUCGUGUGGAACAUCGAAAAUCACAGAAAAUAACCUCAUAAACUUGGCUAAAAAACAAGUUGAUUACAUUUUGGGCGAUAAUCCAAUAAAGGUGUCGUAUAUGGUUGGUUUUGGAGAGAGGUAUCCAAAGAAUAUUCAUCAUAGAGGUUCCUCUUUACCUUCCAUUCACGAGCAGCCUCGGAAGAUUUCUUGUAGCAAUGGGUUUCAAUACUUCAAUUCAGGCUCACCUAAUCCAAAUGUUCUUGUUGGAGCCAUUGUUGGUGGUCCUGAUAGCCAUGACAAUUUCUUUGAUGAUAGAAAUAACUAUCAACAAUCAGAGCCAGCAACUUAUAUUAAUGCACCUUUUGUUGGUGCUCUUGCUUUUUUCUCUGCUCAAUAAUCAAGUUAGCUGCCAAGAAGCACAAAAAAGAUCUUGAUCAUAGAUAGAUCUAUUUUCUUAAUUUGUUUAGUUCCAAGUAAAUUGAUCUCUUACUGGUACUACUGGCCAAUGUGUGGCUGAUAAAAAAAUGCAAUUGAACGGUUAUUUGGCAUUAAAACAUCACCCUUGGUUGUACGAGAUUUAUUGGUUUCUAGUAUGAAGGGAAAUAGUGAAAA